CGGGAGGCUGCGUGUGCGCGCGGGGCGGCAGCAUCGGCCGCCAGCCCGCCCGUGUCGGAGCAGGGUUAGCGCCGCGCUCGGGAGUUUUCCUAGGUUCUCUCCAGACCGAGUCAUCUUGUUGCCUCUUUUCACGAGCUCUGUCACGUGGCUCUUUCAGACUGCCCACCCCUGGGUGCAGAGGCAUGCAUCUUAUAAGCAGUAUAAUGGCAGAAUUUUAAGCCACGUUGAGAAUCUCUUUCAGGAGACAAUACACAAAUGGCAUGGAAAAUCUAAAUGAUACAAAAAGAAAAACGAAAGAAAGAAGAAGUCUUCCAGAAAUCCCGCAGAAUAGAAGCCAUUGACAUACUGAGACAUAUCCUUCUAGAAAAUCUUGCUUAGCAUAUGUGACUAUAUGGGUUUAAGGACUUAUACCACAUAAGCAGUUUUGCGAUUUUCAUUUGCUAUAUAUCAAGGGAAGAUAUAGAAAUUUCAAGCAUUAUUUUUGACUACUACAUACUACUGACUGUUCGGUUGGUGAAAUUGAAGAUCUUUCACUCAGAAGAAAUAAAUCAAGAAGGAGAUUUGCUAGAAUCCACAUCUGAUCACACAGCUGAGAAAGACCCUUGGUUUAUUUGGACAUGUUGCUGAACCUCAGGCUCGUGUGCUUCUGAGCUGCUGUGGAUGGCCCUGGCUCUCUUGACCACUCUUCCGAGUAGGAUGUCACUGAGAUCCCUCAAAUGGAGCCUCCUGCUGCUAUCCCUCCUGAGUUUUCUUGUGAUGUGGUACCUCAGCCUGCCCCACUACAAUGUGAUAGAACGUGUAAACUGGAUGUACUUCUAUGAGUAUGAGCCAAUUUACAGACAAGACUUUCGCUUCACACUUCGAGAGCAUUCAAACUGCUCUCAUCAAAACCCUUUUCUUGUCAUCCUGGUGACCUCACACCCUUCAGAUGUAAAAGCCAGACAGGCCAUUAGAGUUACUUGGGGUGAAAAAAAAUCUUGGUGGGGAUAUGAGGUUCUUACAUUUUUCUUACUAGGCCAGCCGGCUGAAAAGGAAGACAAAGUGUUAGCAUUGUCCUUAGAGGAUGAGCACAUUCUUUAUGGUGACAUAAUACGACAAGAUUUUUUAGACACGUAUAAUAAUCUGACCUUGAAAACAAUUAUGGCAUUCAGGUGGGUAACUGAGUUUUGCCCCAAUGCCAAGUACAUCAUGAAGACAGACACUGAUGUUUUCAUCAAUACUGGCAACUUAGUGAAGUAUCUUUUAAAUGUAAACCAUUCAGAGAAGUUUUUCACAGGUUAUCCUCUAAUCGAUAAUUAUUCCUAUAGAGGAUUUUACCAAAAAGCCCAUAUUUCGUACCAAGAGUAUCCCUUCAAGGUGUUUCCUCCCUACUGCAGUGGGUUGGGUUAUAUAAUGUCCAGCGAUUUGGUGCCAAGAAUCUAUGAAAUGAUGAGUCACGUAAAACCCAUCAAGUUUGAAGAUGUUUAUGUUGGGAUCUGUUUGAAUUUAUUAAACGUGGACAUCCAUAUUCCAGAAGACACAAACCUUUUCUUUUUAUAUAGGAUCCAUUUGGAUGUCUGUCAACUCAGACGUGUGAUUGCAGCUCAUGGCUUUUCUUCCAAGGAGAUUAUCACAUUUUGGCAGGUUAUGCUAAGGAAUACCACAUGCCAUUAUUAAUUUGACAAAAGCCUAGAGAAAGACAGGAUACUCUGUGGAAAGUAUUAAUAUUACUGUAAAAUGUCCAAUGGAAAACUCAUGGGAAGGUCACUGUGUUGAGUUACACUGAACUGAGACUCAUGAAGAACGCACAGACUGGGGACUGGAGGGUCACACUUUGAUUUACCUAGACCAAAACUAAGUCAGGCCCUUUAAAGGUGAUUGUAAGAGGAAUUAAACACCUUAUAAAGGAAUCGGGGAUUUUUUUAAUAAAACGAAUAGGGCCAAGCUGUUUGAAUGUGCCAUUCUGUAGGCUAGAACUUGUUAAAAGGGUUUCAUUGAAUUAUAAGCUCAUUAGUCCAUAACAUCGAAGCAAUGGGGAGCUCUACUCAUUGAGCAGUCUAGUCUGUUAAGGGUUUUGUGUAUAUCUGACAUGGAUUACCAGUUUUUAAAAAUACAUAGUUCUGUGUAAAAAACAAGUUACACUGAACAAAAUUUCAUCCGUUUUGGUCAUUCAGAAGGUACUUCAAGAUGUUACAGCAUUUCACAGUGAUGAAUUACUAUUUAAUAUUACUUAGGACUUCCUGGUGUUUGAAUGUUAUGGUUGUUUCAGUACUGUAUAAAGCAAAUAGUGAUUCACCCUUAUCCAUUUGAAGUUUUUCCCAGUUACCUCACUGAUGAGCUUAUUAUUUCAUAGCUCCAUUAAUGUAAAGACAUUGGUAAUUAUCACAUAUCAGUAAUCUCUUGGACUUUGAUAAAUAUUUUACUGUGGUAAUACAGAGAAGAAUAAAAGCAAGAAGAUCUGAA